AUGGAACCAGAAGUCACUGUCAACAGGACUGCCGUUAGGACUGACAUACAUCCCUGCUAUGAAAUAGAUCAUUUCAAUUACACACUGACAAAUAGUCCUUCCAUUGUAUGUGUGUUAUUAUAUGUUUUCCUUGCAUUAUUGUCUGUUAUCACAAUAUGUGGAAGCCUUCUUGCUACAGUCUCAAUCAUUUACUUCAAACAGCUCCACACUCCUACAAACUAUCUUAUUCUCUCUCUGGCUGUGGCUGACCUGUUGGUUGGGAUUAUAGUCUUUCCUUUCAGCAUGGCCUUCUCUCUUAGCUCAUGUCUGUAUCACGAGGAUUCAUUUUGCAAAGUACGGAGCAGUUUUGAUAUAUCACUGAGCACAUGUUCUAUUCUGAAUUUAUGUUGUAUUUCUAUUGACAGAUAUUAUGCAGUGUGUCAGCCUCUGACAUAUAGAACUAAACUAAACCAUCAUGUUGUUGUGAUCAUGAUUGUGGUGAGCUGGGGGGUUUCUGCUCUAAUUGGAAUUGGCGUCAUAAUUGCUGGAUUAGACAAUGAAAAAUGUGGGGAAAGGUGUUUAAUUGAUGUUCUUAUUGAAAACACUAUUGGACCUAUUUUAUCAUUUUACCUCCCAGUGAUUUUAAUGCUCUGUAUCUACCUGAAGAUUUUCCUUGUGGCACAGAGACAGGUACGCAGCAUCCAGAACACAACCUGCCAGAGCACAAAGUCUGGAGCAGUUGUUAGUAAAGUGGAGAGAAAGGCCACCAAAACUCUGGCUAUAGUUUUGGGAGUUUUUAUUUUAUGUUGGACGCCUUUCUUUCUGUGUAUCACCUUUGUACCCUUUAGUAGUAAUUCAGUACCAGUUGCUGUGAUUGAAAGUCUUAACUGGCUUACACUCUCAAACUCAAUGCUCAAUCCAUUUAUUUAUGCUUUCUUUUACAGCUGGUUCAGAUCAGCUUUUAGAAUGAUCAUUUCUGGGAAAGUAUUUCGAGACGAUUUUACAAACUCAAAUUUGCACUGA